AUGGCCGCUUUGCUCUGCCUGCGUCAACCUCCCUUUAUUAUUAUUAUUAUUAUUAUUAUUAAGUUUUCUUCUCUCUUUCUCCACAAAAGUUCACGAAAUAAAUACCUUCAGUUCUCAUUUUCGUUUCUCUCUCCUAUAGGAUUUGGCCAAGAAGAAAGCGCACCCGCAGCGACGUCGGCUAUCAACCCACCGAUAAGAUCAACACCCUUUCAAGCGCCUCUUUUCCCACCAUCUCUAAAAAUAUAUAUGUUCUUCAUUUUUUCGUUCAGACUCGUACGCGAAUAUAUAAGAGUAUUUUUCCCCUCUCCCUUUUUCUGCCCUUCUCGCAUCGUUCGUUUGCUGUGUCGGAGCACGCACUUUCACGCGCAAAAGAGGGAAUCGUAAAGUAAUGUAGCGCACCGUUUGAAGGAGAAAGGAUGUGCCGAGCAAGGACGGUUGACCGCGUUCUUCGACGACGGAAAGGCGGAGCACAUCUUUUUUUUUUGCUUUCGCGUUCCCAUCGUUGUGCCACACUUACGUGUUUUUUUUUCUGUUUCUGUUCGCUUUCUCUUUGUUUCCCUUCUUCCUGUGAAACCCGAAAACGUGUCAAAAGUUCUUCUCUUCCUUCCCAUUUUACUUGUAAGUUUCUCUUGGAGUUAACGAAUUCGAAUUCUUUCAGCCGUGAGACUCUUUCACGUUCUUUCUGCCCCGUCCAUGUGCUCACGCAAAGUGUUUACACGC